UACACACGCAGAGCCCGUCACGUGGGACGCCGAGGAUCGCAGUGCGCGUGGCCGCAGCGGCUGGUGUUGGGUUGAGUCAGUUGUGACACUCGGAGCUGCUGACCCGCUGGCGGCCCACUGAACCCGCGGCAGAGCGGAGGCGUGGAGGCCCGGGAGCCGCGAGCCUGGCCCCGUCCUAGAGUUCGGCCGUGUUGACGCCGCUGCCAUCGUCCGCCCCCGCCAGCGAACCGCCGCCGCGGGCGCGCCCCCGCUCUGCGCUGUCUCAGAUGGCGUCCGCCUCCGGGGCCAUGGCGAAGUACGAGCAGAUCUUGGUCCUCGACCCGCCCACAGACCUCAAAUUCAAAGGCCCCUUCACAGAUGUAGUCACUACAAAUCUUAAGUUGCGAAAUCCAUCAGAUAGGAAAGUGUGUUUCAAAGUGAAGACUACAGCACCUCGCCGAUACUGUGUGAGGCCCAACAGUGGAAUUAUUGACCCAGGGUCCACCGUGACUGUUUCAGUAAUGCUACAGCCCUUUGACUAUGAUCCUAAUGAAAAGAGUAAACACAAGUUUAUGGUACAGACAAUUUUUGCUCCACCAAACUUUUCAGAUAUGGAAGCUGUGUGGAAAGAAGCAAAACCUGACGAAUUGAUGGAUUCUAAAUUGAGAUGUGUAUUUGAAAUGCCGAAUGAAAAUGAUAAACUGGGUAAAACUCCACCAGGGACUGCUCCGACUGUCACUUCAAUGAGCAGCAUCAACAACACAGUUGCAACACCUGCCAAUUAUCACACGAAGAAUGAUCCCAGGGGACUCAAUGUAUUCAAACAGGAGAAGCAGAAGAAUGACAUGGAACCUAGCAAAGCUGUUCCACUGAAUGCAUCUAAACAAGAUGGACCCAUGCCAAAACCGCAUAGUGUUUCACUCAAUGAUACUGAAACAAGGAAACUAAUGGAAGAGUGUAAAAGACUUCAGGGAGAAAUGAUGAAGCUAUCAGAAGAAAAUCGGCACCUGAGAGAUGAAGGCCUAAGGCUCAGAAAGGUAGCUCAUUCAGAUAAACCUGGAUCAACAUCAACUGCAACCUUCAGAGAUAAUGUCACCAGUCCCCUUCCUUCUCUUCUGGUUGUAAUUGCAGCCAUUUUCAUUGGAUUCUUUCUAGGGAAAUUCAUCUUGUAGAGUAAGGCAUGCAGAGUGCUAUUUCUUUUUUUUUCUCUUGACCAGAAAAAGAUUUGUUUACCUACCAUUUCAUUGGUAGUACGGCCCGCAGUGACCAUUUUUUUUGUGUGUGUGUACAGCGUCAUAUAGGCUUUGCCUUUAAUGAUCUCUUACGGUUAGAAAACACAAUAAAAACAAACUGUUCGGCUACUGGACAAAUUGUGUAUUACCAGAUCAUCACUAGCAGGUGUCAGUUGCACAUUCAGUCCUUUAUGAAAUUCAUAAAUAAAGAAUUGUUCUUUCUUUGUGGUUUUAAUAAGAGUUCAAGAAUUGUUCAGAGUCUUGUAAAUGUUAUUUUAAUAAUCCCUUUAAAUUUUAUCUGUUGCUGUUACCUCUUGAAAAUAUGAUUUAUUUAGAUUGCUAAUCCCACUCAUUCAGGAAAUGCCAAGAGGUGUUCUGUGGGGAAAUGGUGCCUCUUACCAUGUAAAUUUUUUCCUUUACCUUUGCUAAUAUCAUGGCAGAAUUUUUCUUAUCCCUUGUGAGGCAGUUGUUGACUGAGUUUUUCAUCCUUACAAUCCUGUCCCAUGGUAUUUAACAUUAAAAAAAAAAAUAAAACUGUUAACAGAUUCUUGCUCGAUAGCUUGUGUCUGUCUUGUCAUUGGCCGGGGGUGGGGAGGGGAUCAGAAAGUCCUGUACUAUAUGGGAAUUUUUUUUCUUUUGCAUUGAAACCUUUCCAGAUACUUUUAUUAUUUGUAAUUAAAAGUCCUCAGUCUAUUAAGGAAAGGAACUGACAGUUUCAAGGUACUUUAGGUAAUUUGAAAUAACAUAAUUGGUUUGUUUUUAAGAAAUAUAAAGUUCCAUGGAAAUAAAGUGCUGUAAUUUUAGUGAAUUUAUGUAUAUGCAACAUGGCUGUAUUGUGUUUAUGCUGUUUUUCCAGGUUCUUUCACUGUUUUCUCAAGAUUUAUUCCCCUUGAAUUUAAUGUACUUUUAAACUAGCCUAUAAUUCUAUUUGUAACAUAUUAAAUAAUAAUAGUUAAAAGUAAGUCUUCUUCCUCCCUGCCCAAUUUAACACUCAAAAUAAAUUUUCAUUAUGGAUAUUUAGUAUUACUGAGCAAGGCUUGGGAAUUUUCUUUGUGAAAAAUGACUUUGUAAGUCACUCUGUGAACCAGUUUCAGUAUAAAUACUCUUUACAGGGUCUGAUACGUGCCUGUACUUAGCCUUAUGUCUUUAUUUUACUUGUACUAAGAUAGAAAAUUUUGGAACCAGAGAAAAUACUGAGUAUAGUCUAAUACAGUGAAUUUUUAUUCUUGAAAAUAGGUGUUGGUUUUAUAGAAGAUGCAGUCUGCCUGAAAGAGAAACUUAAUCUUGGGACUUGAUGUGGUGCUGUGAAGUAUGUUAGGCCCAGGUUUGUGUACACAUCUUAUUAAACAGUAAAACGUUCUCAAGUAUUUUUAUUAUUACAUGCAAAUGUAUUUUGAAUUUGUCAGAUGACAUGUAGUGUGUAUUGUGCUCAGUGGUAUCUUUUGUAAAACCUCUUGCUUGUGUGCAAAAGUUAACUAAAAAUAAGCAGAAGUGAUGCCUAGCCAUUACUAGCAUGCUACUACUGCAGGUAAUGUUCCCAUUGCUGUGUGCUUUAUUGUAAUUAUAUCUGGAAAAGCAUGACAACAAAGCCUCACAUUUUCAUUCCGUAAAUGAAGAAUCAGUAAUCCCUUGGCCUAAAGCUCUCUAUAUAGUCAACAUCAGUGAUGGUAAGUAUCAUGCUUGAUAUUUUGUAAAUAUCUUUUUUAAAGAUGUAAGUUUUCAGAAGUUUAGCAAAGUCCCGUUUUAUGGGAAUGCUUUUCAGAAUUCAGUUUGUUUGGCUCCUUUGUUUAUGGUUGAAGAAUGUGAGGCUUAAGAGAACAUUACCCAUGUCUCAUAGGAAGUCUUAGAAGCAGAACUGAAACCAGAAAUCUGGUCUCCUGAUUCUAGCUCUGUCUUUUUCUGGUAAUUUUGUAGGGGAAAAUAAAUUAAUCUACAUUUGAUAAACAACUGAAAUAAUGAAGAUGAGAUGUUAUUUAAUAAGUGUAUGUGAGAUUUCCUGUCAAAUCUUUACUACAAAGGCUACUGUUGAAUAGUAUCAUGUAUAUUUUUUAGUGUUAAGUCUAGUAAUGCUUCCCAUAUUGAUAAUAAAUGUUACACAAUACUGUGUAUUUUUAAAUAGAUGAUUUACAAAAUACAUGAUGCAGUGUUUGGUUUUGAGAUAGGUUGCAGUCUGGAUAGCAGUUUUGGAAGUAUAUGUGAGCUUCUUAACUGCUUUAUGCAGCAGAAUAUGCUCUAACUGUAGGAGAUUUCAUUUCCGUUCUUUUUAAUUGUUCUAUAAAAUACCGUCAGAUUUUCCCAGCAAUAGUUAAUACUUUCAAAACAGUCCAGCUGUUUUGACAGAUAGCAGAUUAAAUUGUCUCAUCCUUACAUAUUUAGAAAAUUUGCUUUGUCUACCAGCUUGCUUGUGUAUGUAAGCAUGAGGGAAAAACACUUGCUAAUACUGAAAUUGCAAUCCAGUAACUAAGGUCUUAAGUUCACAUGUGACAUUGAAUACACUGCUUUCCCUCAUUCUUUCUGUAACUAAUGUACCUUAACUUUCCCCGUUCUUGUGUUUACCAGAAGCAAAUUUAAGAAUUGUGUUUUAAGUUUGUGGUGUGUACCUUUAAAGACAAGAAAUAACAUUUGGAGGAAGAUAGGCAUCAAAUUCAGAAAUUCUGAUCAAAGAAAUAAUCUUAAUUUCUCUUUCAAGUAUUUUAGCUCAGAAGUUCUGAAAUUGAUAAUAUAUGGCCCAGGAAGAUUUUUGGCUGUAGCUUUUGGAAAUACCCCAGUCUGAAAACAAGUUUUAACUGUAAGGUAAAAAACAAAAUAGGUCUUAUAGGCUAUAUCCCUAAAUUGUGAUUUGGCACUUUAGAAACAUUCAUAUAAGAGUUUUCCUGGAACUUCGUGCAUUCCUGUUCAGUGACUUUGGUGCGUGCAUAGGUCUUUAAAAGUUGAUCUUUGUGAGAGUUAGGGAAUGAUCAAAGCUUGUAGUUGGAAAUAUAACAAAGUCAGAAGUGAUCGUUAUUUUGUAACUUUCAAGGGCAAUUAAAGUGUUGCGUGAAUAAAUAAUGUGAAGUGUCAGUUUUCCUUUCCACAAUAAAAACAGAAAAAUUACUUCGUGGUAUGGUUUGUAUAUUCAUAUUUUGUUAACCAUUAGUUGCCAGUUGAUGACCACGACUUGAGUUGAGAGAGCUUAGUGACCUACAGUUAGUUUUUCAUGGGAAAUGAGGGCGGAGUUUGGUUUUCUCCGUCAGUCUUGUGUGUGAUAGCCCCCUGUGGGGAGAAGCUGUGCUUCUGCAGCGUUCUGUGGUAAUAGUGGCAUCUUGAGAAUGCUCACCUGGCUGGGGUUGAUGAGAGAAGCUUGAACAUGUGCUCCUAAGAAAAUGCUUUCAUUGUCUUCUGCAUUUCUAUCACAGAAGUAAUGACUUUAAGCAGUUUAAACUUAACUUAACUUCCCUGGAUAUUAGUAUUCUUUAAGCAGAAAUCAUUAUAUAAAACUUUAUUUUUUAUUCACCUUAAUCACUUCUGUUUUACUGAAGAUAGGUGUGAAGUAAUGGCAGAAUAUUUUUACAAUCAGUUUCUUGCUUAAGCUUGUGGACAUUUUAUGUCACACCUGAUUGGCCUGGCCUAGUUCUAUAUCUCCCCUCCCCAUUACCACAAUUCUUUUUAGAACACUCAUUUUAGACUCCUGUUUUCCAGUUGUUUGUAUGUGUAACACUUACCUAAAGACAAGUCUUACAGUGUAGGGAAACCUUUCAGAAAUGUUUUUUAAAAGGACUUUGGAAGAGUCACCUUUAGGUAUUUCUUAAUGGAAAAGUUAUCUUUGUAAAGUCAAGAUUGCUAGGACUUCAGUAAAGGCUUUUAAUUUGUAAAUGUGAGCUGUCAGUGCAAAAAUAAAAAGCAGUUUGAGAAAAUCUUAAUUUGUAAAUACAUGUGAGCUGUCAGUGCAAAAAAUAAACAAUUUGAGAAGUUUUGUGAGCCUGUUUUAAUUACUAUUUUAUUAUCCACAUGGGAAAUGUGGUUUUGCACAUUUUUAUUUUCAGAACCACAGGUGGUUUUCAAUUAUAAGAUGGUUUUCAAGGUGCUUGUCACUAUGUGCCCGUCUCAGUAUCGUGUCAGUUCAGUCCUCACAGAUCCAAGGGACCUUAUCGGUAGCAGGAGAUGGGCUCAGGGAGACUAAACUUGCUUAGUUAACAAAAAGGGGUUGUUAUUUAGGUGAUCUGGCUAUAGAGCCAUGCUCUUGACCUUUGCCAUACAUCAUGGGAAGGAAAUUGUGCCUUGAUCCAAGCUGCAGAUACUGUUUUGAGUGUGAUAAUUUUGUGAUGCCUUUGAUUCUAUCUAAAGUAUAUGCUUUUACUUCUAGACUUCAGAUCUUAAAUUUUCAGACUCUUCCCUUGGCCUUUAUUUCCCAAAGUAUGAAGAAACACACACUAUCCUUUUAAGAAUCUCAGCUCCUGAAUAAAACCUUAACAUAAACAUUUGGUCCUUCAAGAUUUAAUGAUGACUUAAACCAAGUGUUUUUUUUGUGUGUGGGGGGUGACUUUGUGGUCAACAUUAUUGAUACUGUUUAUAAUUCUACAAAAAAUGUUAAGUAAUAUGGAACACUAAAUGUAACAUUUUUGGGGAUGUAUACUUAAAGGUUCUCAACAUGAAUUUUAUAAAGUGCUAAAAAUUGUGUGCAUAAUGUUUGUAAGAGGAGUAGGACAACUACCAUUAUUCAGUAUUUAAAGAACCUUAAUAGCAUCUAUGCAUUUGGUCAAGGAAGUAGAUAGUGCAUAUGUUUCCAGCAAAUAAAUAUUAAGUUCCACAAAGAGGUAAACUGUUCUUUUCAUCCUAUGCUUUGCUUUUCGACCUCCAGAAGCAUUCAUUGCAAUCCCAAAAGUUUUGCAUUUGAAUAAUGCGUGUCUCAUUCCACAUACGGGAAUAAGAUGGUCUAGUGGCUAGAGAGUAAUUGUUCCUUCCUGAUUUGCUUUGGAUUUUUUUCCUGAUGUUUUCUCCAGCUUUAACGUUCAUUUUCAUACUUGCUUUGGAGCUCUUAUUUUCUUUCAGAGAAAAAACCGAUCAAAGGUAUAAUUGGAGGAAGCACUCUUACAGCUUCUAACCUGAGUUGUGUAUCGUCCAUGUUGCAAUGUCUUAUUAUUACACAUGUAUGGAAUCAUAGUCAGUAAAUGUAUUUGUAUGUUUUGAAAUGCCACAUAAAUGUGUCUCCUAUUCAUAAUACUGUCUAACUUUACCUUUCCCUAAAAAUUUUUGCACCCCAAACUUGCAAGUAAUUCUCUUGAGAUGUCUCUCAUGUCUACCAUGAACUGAUAACACCAUUUUCUCCUGUGCUGUAGUGCUGCUACUGCUGUUGAAGCCUAUUAAUCCAACCAGUACAGUCACUGCAUGAUGUCAGCAUAGGUUUCUUAGUGCCAUCUCCCAGUAUUUCUGGCACAGAUACAGUUGGUGCUGCACUGAACAUCUCAGCUCUUCCCUUUCUUGUGUCUGUCAGAUAUGUAAGCUGGCCAGAGAAUAUUUGGAUUGUUUCAAAAGACACCUGCUAAUGUGUGUGUCUAUGUCAUAUAUACAUGUGAUUUUAGAAGUAAGACAAGUCUAAGGGAAAGAGAUGAAUGCACAAGUACAUAUAUGAAUUACUGCAUGUCCUUUCUCCAUGCAUGUGCUGCAGAGGGUAUGGGUGGGUGUGGAGGUAGUUUUUCUUGCCUGUUUCAAAAAUGGUGCAAUGACUAUAAGCUGAAAUUCCUGUUACCUACAAUUCCCAUCACUUCAUGUUUGAUACUGUUAUUACCUGUACCAUCCCUAUGUUCACCUGAAUUUGUGGUGCCUAAUUUAGAAAUUCAAGUAUUAGCAAAUCCUGAGUACUUGCCCCCCCCCCCCCCCCGUGUAGAUAUGGAUGGUAUGAAUGGAGUUUGGGGUAGGUUAAGAUUAUACCAGGUUGAAAUAGUGGGAUCUUGGGGGAUCUUGUUGCCAUAAGGCAAAAAAUAGGCAUGUAUACCUAGUCAACAGAUAACUGGAUUUAGAAUGUCCAAAAGGCAAAAUGGACAAGGUUGAAGUCCAAUAAAUUACUUUUACAGAGUACCGAUUGGAUAUCUAUUUCGUACACAGAUUUAUGCUGAGAACCUUUUAAACUUUAACACAGAUCAGUGUUGGAGAAGGUAACUUGAUCAAACUUAACCAUGGAGGAGCCAAGGCUCGAUCCCAAGCUUGCUCUACCACACACAGCCUUUUGAAAAAAGGUGGAGGGGUAGGAGUGACAUGGUAGAAUUUGUUUAAUGGUGUUCAAUUCUGCAAAAGAGAGCUAGUUUUAGUCUCAGUUGCUGAAUACGAAGUGGAUAGAAUUAAAGAUUGUUUCUGGUUUCAAAAUUCUAAGGUCAAAGAGUAAUGUAACUAAAGCUUACUGCAUAAGGCUUCAGUCUGGAGACAGCAAUCUAUGACUGUGCAACAAGCUUUAUUGAACACCUGGAGAAAAGCAGCAGGAAAAUCCAUGUGGGUUUCAGAGAAUGGUCAAACUUAGGUUUGGAUUUUGACUGCCCCGUGACUAGACAAAAUCCCCUGAACCAAUUAUGGAUCCUCUCCAGAGCACAGGUUCCUCAUCAGUGAGGCCCGAUUUUCACACUGCUCUUUGCUAAACUUGUUGGAUUGUGAAGACCUAAUUAUUUCAAAAAUUUUAUGCUAUUAAUCAUAUAGAGCAGGAAAUCAGAAUUAAAACAUUUUAGUAGUUUAAUGGUAAGGGAUGACUUGGUAGAAAAUGUAAAAUAUUUUAAAGGUGGAGACAUAAGUAAACACUGCCUGUGAAUGUCAGGAAUAUGUAUUUUUGCUUUUGAGUUUUAAUGAAUGUGAAGGUAGUACCAGUAGAUGACAAUAUUUCCCUCUUAUCCAAGGUUUAACAAGUAACUGAGAUCUGAAAAAUUCAAUGGGAAAUUACUGAAAAAGAUGUAAGUUUUAAAAUGUAUAAAGUUCUGUCUAGUGCGAUGAGAUCUUGUGCAGUCCCAUUCUGCCCCACCUGGGCUGUGACUCACCCCCUUUGUCCAACAUGCCUGUCAACACUACUUAUCCAUUAGAGUCAUUUAGUCAGCAUCUUGGUUUUAACAUCAACUGCUGUAUUCUAGUACUUGUUCAGGUUACCCUUAUUUUACUUAGUAAUGGCCCCAAAGAGCAAGAGAAGGUAGUAGGGUAUAAAACACGGACUGACAGAUUAAUUCUGGUCUUGUGUGGUAAUGAUGCAAGGCAUGUAGGAAAAAAAUGGUCAAGACAGUUCUCAAUUUAGAAUGGCUCAGCUACCGACAGUUCACCUACAUGAUGAUGCAUAAGUGGACCUAUACAACUCUACAGUAUUCAGUAAAUUACAUGAGGCACUUGCCACUGUUACAAAAGUAGCCUUUGUGGUAGAUGAUUUUGCACAACUGCAGGUUAUUUCAAGUGUUCUGUGCAUAUUUAAAGUAGGCCAGACUAUGUAUGAAAUGCAUUUUAAACUUAAGUUUUCAGCUUUUGAUAGGUUUAUCAGGAUGUAACCCUACUGUAAGUUGAGGAACAACUGUAUGUUUAGGAUUUAAUACUGCCUAUGGUUUCAGGACUUCACUGGGAGUCUGGGAAUUAUCCUCCAUGGAUAAGAGAAGGACUACUGUGUGGAAGUUUGGAAAUAAUAAUAGCAGGAAAAAUUGCAAUAUUCCACUUCCCAGAAAUAAUUUAUAGGCAUUUGAUAUGCUUAGGUACAUACCAAAUACAUAAUUCCUACUAGUGUCAAUAUUAAUGGUAUAAAAACAGGGUUGAUUUUAGAGACCAAUUUAUGUUAAAGUCAUUUUGACUUGAAAAACAAGUUUGGAAAUUUUAAGAAAAGGUGCUAGAGAUACAGAUUGUGAACAUUGAGACACUUCCACUGCCUAACAUUUUGCCUCAUUUGUACUUUCUGCUUGCACACAUAAAUAUAGUCGCAUGCAUCUGUAAUGUAUAAUAUGUACACAUGCAUCUGUACACUUUCACACUAGUGUAUUUAUACCUGUAUCCAUGCCCACAUUUUAUUUUAUUGAAACCAAGAGUAAGUUGCAUAGGCCAAGAUAACAUGGAUCCUUAACUAUUUCAGUGUAUGUUUUCUAUGAAUGAGAAUACUUCCUUACAUAACCAUGGUAUGUAUUAGCCUCAAAUUGAAGAUAGAUUAGGUACUUUUCUCCCAAAAUAUCCAAAUAGACAAAAAUGACUGUCAUACACAGCAUUUUCCCCUUCUGGUAUAAGAACCAUUCUGGGGUCACAUGUUGCAUUAGUUGUUAAGUCUUUCUUAAUCUGAAAUAGUUCUGAAUAGUUCCUUAUUCUUUGUGUUUUAUUACAUUGAUAUAUUUUAAGACAUGUUCUUGCUACAUAUCCCACGUUGAUUAUGAACUUGAGAUCCUCCUGCCUCUGCCUUCCUAGGGCUGGGAUUACAGUGUGCACCACUUCACCUGGCUACAUUUAUGUUUUUGAAGAAUAUAGUCACUCACUACUCUCACCUUUUAAAAGAGAGUGUUUCUCAUGUAGGCUUUCUUUGAUUUUUCCUCAUGAUUAAAGAAUUGUUUCUUGGCUGGAGACCUUCAAAACUGAGUCUAUAGGCACUUGGUGCUCAUCGGACCCUCAUUUGUAGGAGAGAGGAGGUUAAAACUUGAAUCAUACUGCGUGGGUUUGAUGCUGGCUUUGCCAUAGUUUAGGGCAAAGGGCAAAUGUGCAAUGUUAUUGCCUUAGAUUCCUUGUGUGUGGAAAAAGUAUUUAAAAAUUUCAGUGUUGUAGAGUGCUGGAAAUUGUGACGGGCACAAAGUUAACUUUAUAAAUGCUCGUUAUUAUUGACCUUAAUUCUCCUAACAAUAAUUAUUACCAUUCUUGUUGAAAAUUGUCUCCAAAAUGCUGAAAUGUAAGUGUUCUCAUUCCCAAAAUUCUUUUUUCUUUUUUGGCAAGAUCUGCUGUAUGCAUGUUUAAUUUUUACAGAGUAGACAUGAAAGCCAGCUGAGGUGGUUCUUCCCACCCUCCUGCUGUUCACAUGGCGCUGUAGUGACUUUGAGAAAUAGCAGCAGUGGUUCAUUUAGAACCCAGUGAUCAUUGUUAAAAUCAUCAACAUUAGAUACAAAACAGAUUAGUUUUAUUUGGAUAAAUAUUUGAAUAUUGGCAGAAAGUAUUUGGAGCUUUUUUUUCAUGUGUGUGUAAAAAUGGUGUCCAAAUCUUGUAGUCGACUCUCAGGUCUUUGGAUAAAAUUUGUUUUCUGUGUUUUGUAAAUUAAUUUUACAAGUACUUUUGCUUAGGACCAUGACAACUGAGGACCUGCAUAAUUUUUUUCCUUUUUUAUUUUUGGACUAGGCCUCCUUUCUGUUUAUUUGAACAGGUACAGGAAGUUUGUCAAAAGCAAUCAAGUUCUACUCUUUUCUCAUUUGUGGAGAUGCUCACUUACAACUGAUCUUAUUUGGAGAAAGGACUUGAAGUUGCACUGAUUUGAUUCAAUUGAUUUGCUGGGUGGAACCCCAGCAAGCUGGAAAACUUGAUUCUGAAACUAAUAUAUGUUAAUAGAAACAAGCUUUCUGAAGGUGACAGUCCAUCAGGUUGUAGUGAGCACUUGAUAGCAUUCUUCCCCAGACUAGGCGAAUACUGCUCUCAUAGCCCUUAGAGUCAUUAGUGAGGACAGGAAGGGUGGAGAGUGACAAGGGGAGCUUGCUCAGGGUGCCUGUAGGACAUUUGUUUGUGCAACCAGACCUCAUUCCCUCUUCCUUCUUUAUUCUCUGGAUUUCCUCUGGGAAACUCUAUUAGUUUCCUAUUGUGGCUAUAAAAGAUUAGCACAAAUUUAAUGAUUAGAAGAACACAUAUUUAUUAUCUUAAAAUCUAUUUCAGAGGCUCAAAGAUCUUCCUUUUGGAGGCUCCCGGGAGACACCAUCCUUUCCUUUUCCAGCUGCUAGAGGCCACUGGUGUCUUACUGCUCCUGUCUCAUUUCCGCAUCAUAUUACUCCAAUUCCACCAGCACACUAAGCAAGGCUUGGCAUUCUCUCUGUUCAUGAACUACUGGCUAUUGAGCUAAAUCACUUUUUCUUAAAAAAUUCGUAUUUUAAGUGUGAUAGGUUUGAAAUGGAUACCUAAAGCAUUUAUUAGAUUCCAGAAUUACCUAUGCUUGGAACUUUUAGGUUUCAAAAAUAGUACAUCCAGUAAACCCCCUUAUCUUCUGGGGAUAUUUCCAUGAUCUUAGUGGGUAUCUGAAACCUCACUAUCAAAUCACUUGAUUUGUGUAUGUGUGUAUAUGUUUAUGGUUUUUCUGAUGAUAAUGUUUAAUUUACAAAUUAGGCACAAUAAGAUAUUAUCUACAAUAUAACAACUAAUAAAAGUUAUGUGAAUAAUUCUCUUUCUAAAUAUACCUUAUUGUACUUUGACCUGUUCACUUAUGGCUUCUCUUUGGCAUAUCCAAAUUGCCAGCAUCACUAUGCUUGAGCUUUGGAGCUACUUUAACACAACACUGCCAUACUGGGGCAGAAGUUUGGAUAACUGAGAUGGCUGCUAAGCAACUGAUAGACUGCCCAAAUGGUUGAUGUAUAUCCUAGAAUAGAUUUUGCAGGACAUUGUGAGAUUUCAUCACACUACUCAAAAUGAUGCACAGCUUAAAACAUGGAUUAUAGGGCUGGACCUAGUGGCUCACUCCUGUGAUCCCACAAGGAUCACAGUCUGAGAUUGGCCUUGGCAAAAAAACAAAACAACAAUAAAAAAAAAAC